AUGUUUAUCGUUGUUCAAUUAAAGCAGAUAUAAUAUAGUCAUACAGGCAUACAGCUACACAAGGUACAACGGGUUUUAUAAAAGUGUAAUUUAUGGGGGUACGAGACAGAUAAUGUACAUAGCUCGUUACAGUGUGGCGUGUAUAGUUAGGUACUUUAGAUUAAUGUUUUCAGUUAAUACCAAACACGCCAGGAGUGUGAACGGUGUGCGUUUUAAUAAUAUUGUAUGUUCAAAAUUUUACGUUUGGAUUUUACGUCAAAAAACCACGUGAGUACUAUACACCACUAUUGAGUAAAUUUUUUUUUUUUUUAAUCCGUACACAUUCGUUACCUAUGCUGCAAUGGCUCCAAAUGCAUCACCAUUCUUUAAUUUUAACAUGGACAAUCACGCUGUUCAUAUUCAAAAAAAUGUCUGCCAUAAUUUUAAUUACAAUAACAAAACUAGUACAAUAUCGCUGUUCAGAAGUCGUUUGAAAUCAAUAAGAGAACAGUUUGUAGCAGUCAACAGCCAUUAUUUAAGGGAAAACGUCAUAGAACCAGUCAGUCAUUAUUCGCCUUCAACUUUUGUUAGAAGGGAAAAAACUGAAAAUACAUGGCUGAAUGAGAUGCGAUCCGUUUCAUGUAUGCGUUUGGAUUUUAUGCGUAAGAUGACUAUUCAACAAACAAUGAGAGAAAAAAUGGAGUUGUGGCAACAGAAAAAAGAUGAAAUGACACGAAAUAGAAAAUUUGACAUUUCGUUCAAAUCAAAAUUUCAACGUGAUGAAAUUUUGGUUAAAAAAGAAAAUUACAAAAUGAUUUUCGAUCAAAUUAAAAAACGCACACACAUCACAGAUGAACAGGCAAUAAACAUUGAUCACCAACAACGUAGUAGAGAAAUUUGCUUUAAAGCCGUCUUGACAAAAGCGGUUUUAAUUGGAAAUAUUUUGAACAGUUACUUCAACAAUCAAAAAUUAGUAUUAAAAAUUGGCAAACAAAUCGAGGAUUAUCAUUCAAUGGAGUCAAGAUUAGAUGUCUUAAAGAAUAUUAAAGUUGUCGAAGAAGCCCCAUUAAUUGCCGCAAAAAGCUUGUUAAAGGACCUAACAUUAUAUAAAAAUAAUGUAGUUAUGCCAAUUCAAGCAGAAAUAGAAAUGGAUAAAAAAAAGAAUAUGUUGCAUAUAUUUUCUGUUAAUAAGCCUGUUGAUCACUUGGUAAAAAAUGUCAGACGACAAUAUGUUGCUUUAGUGAAAAAUAAUAAAGUAUUAAUUAACAACUUAACUAAUGUAAGAGAAUUACCAUUUGUAAAUGAUCCAAACACAAAAGUAUUUAGACAAAAUGUAAUUAAAGUAAUUAACACACUAGUUAAUACUAUAUCAACUACAAAUGUCACACAUUUAACUGAUAAAUAUAAUAAGCUAAACGCAUUGUUGAGCGGAAAACUUGUCUGUGUCGCAAACACACGAGUUAUGAUUGGUGAGAAUAAAGAAGCAUUGGCAUUUUGUAUGGCAACUUUAGCUACAAAAAUAGUAAACUAUGCAGAGGAAGUAAUAUGUGUAAAGACUCAAGCUGCUUAUGAAAUUGCAACAAUUGUAACUAAGCUUUGGAAUGUUCAUCAGCAAUUCGGUAAAAUUCUUUUUGCCGAAAUGAAACAAAAAUGUCCUUUGCUAGUUCCAUUUUAUUACCCUAUAGCAAAACAUUUACAUUGUGAGCAGCUAGACCAUGAAUCAUUUGGUUACAAGUUUGAUUCUUUAGGAAAUGUUGAAUCUGAUGCCAAGUAUCUACAGCGGAUGACAGGCAUUAUUCGACUUUAUGCAUCUCUAAUAGUUACCUCAUCGAAAUGUGACCAACCUGUAAUUGGUCUAAGUCAUGCAUGGAUUUUUGUGGCCGGAACAUUAAAUCAAAACCCAGUUGCAGACAUCACAGCCACUAUAUUAGUUGAAUUUCUAAAAAUUGUUGGUUUUGCAAUGCAUCAAGGAUAUGGAAGUCAGUUCAUUAAAUUAUUACAACAUAUUAAUUCACACUUUUUAAAAAAAAUCAUAUUGGUUACACCUGAAGGUAAUGGAGGACCUAUUACUCGUUUAAAUAGCUUCUUGUCAAGAAGUCUAUGUACUGGGUCUAUUGAAGAACCUAAAGGUAUACUAUUUGAUUUUUGAUAAUUUUUAUUUUGUAUUAAAUUGUGCAUAAAUUAUUUGAUUGGGAACUUUUACAAUUGUAUUAUAUUAA